AUGGCAUCUUCCACCACAGCGAAAAUCCUUGAGUUCACCAGAAUCAAACCAUUCCCUGGCUCACCAAAAUCAGCUGCUGAGCUCUCCCUUCCACUCACCUUCUUCGACACUUUCUGGUUCAAACUCCCACCAGUUGAGCGACUCUUUUUCUACCAACUGAAACUCCACCCUGCAUAUUUCAACUCAGUGAUCCUCCCAAAACUCAAGCAUUCCCUUUCUCUUACUCUCCUCCAUUACCUCCCUCUUGCUGGCAACCUCAAGUGGCCAUCAACUUCCCUUAAACCCAUCAUUUUAUACACUCCAGCUGAUGGAGUUUCACUCACGGCUGCUGAGUCCGCUGCAGACUUUAACCUUCUCUCAAGCAAUGGAAUCUACGAAGCUGUCGAGUUACACCCUUUGAAACCUGCGCUGGUAACAUCAGAUGAUUCUGCAUCAACUAUGGCCUUGCAAAUAACCAUUUUUCCAAAUAUGGGGUUUUGCAUUGGAAUAACUGCUCACCGUGCCAUUCUUGAUGGUAAAACCACAACCUCUUUCAUGAAAUCUUGGGCCUAUCUAUGCAAUCAAGGUUAUACAGAAAACUCUCCCUUGCCACCAGAGCUAACCCCAUUUCUUGAUAGGAGUGUCAUCAAAGAUGUUACAGGGCUUGACCUUGAUAUGCUAUACUUGAACCAGUGGCUAGCUAGUGUCGGGUCGGACUCAGUUACUAAGGACAAAAGCUUGAAGAUUUUGCCAAACAAAGGAGAAGCUCCUAAUCUGGUUCGAGCCACAUUUAACAUCAGCCCUGAAAACUUUAAGAAGUACAAAAAACCGCCUCUUUUAAGCAUGAAAAAUACUGAGAUGAACAGUUACUGUUUGUGA